AUGAUGGGGCGCAUUUCUGCGUGCUGGCGGGGCCAGUGGCUGCUGGGAUGUUGCCCCGAUGCAGAUGUGGAGGAGUUUGAUGACCUAGCAGAUGGCGCCAUUCUAGCAGAUGUGCUGCAGCUCUAUGCGCCUGAGGUGGAUCCUCAGAACAGCGCUGCAGGCAGCGCCAAGCUUUUGCACUCCUGUCUUAGCAGCUACUUUGGUGAGCGGAUUUCCUUGCCCAGGCUUGCAGGGAACAUCCACAACGGAGCCUUCUGCAAGCCGAAGCUCUUGCGGUCCCUGACUGAAGCCGUGCUGCUGGCCGCGGUGGAGGGCCCCCGCAAGGAAGCUGCUGUGCAAGCCAUCAUGAACCUGAAUGAGCCCAAGCAGAUGGCACUGGGCGCCGCGUUGCAACGGCUCAUGGCCCUUGCUGAGGCGCAGGAGCGCCAUGCGGAGCCAAACGUGGACGCCUCUGGGAAGUCGAACCCGCCCACGCCGCGGACGCCGCGGGAGAUGACCGCAUACAAAUCCGUGGCAGACUUUCUCCAGGAUGAAAUCCAGGAGAUGAAGCAGCAAUGCAAGACGGAGGAGCUAGCGGUCGAGGGUUUCAAGAACAGUGAGAAGGCUUUGCAGGUGCAACUCCGCGCGGUGAUGGUUGACUUCGCUGCUGAAGAGGAGCAAGCGGCCGAGACCAGUUUGCAGAUCCAAAAGUGGCAGCGCAGCUAUGGCGAUGAGAUGCGGCAGAGGAAGGCGGAGUGCCAACUGUUGCAGCAGGAGCUGCACAAGGAGACCGAAAGUGCCAAGGACCUGCCGCAGCAGCAGCUGAAGCUCCAGAGGCAUCUGGACUCCGAGCUCGAUGCUUGCUGUCAGAUGCAGGACACCACCGACAAGCUGGAGGUCGAACUACGAGAGGCCGCCCAGUCCAAUGAGAACGAUGACCUUUCUACGGUGAAAGCUGAGAUGAUGGCCUCGCAAAUGCAGCAGACUGUGGUGGACCGGAAGCUGCGACGGGCCGACGCAGAGGAGAAGGAGCAGAUGGCCUUGGCCAAGACCACAUGGGAGAAGCUGCACCUGGCAGAGGUGGCGGCCUCGAACCAAGAGCAGAGCCUCCGCCAGGUGCGACGCACCGCCGAGAAGGAAGAGGAGUGCGAGGCAGAUGUUCUUGGCCUUUUGGAGUUCCGCGAGUGCGAGAUGAGGCAGGUGGAGCUGUCCCUGGGCGAAGCAGACACUGCAUCGCCACCAAGUACAAGCGACCCGACUCCGGUUUGGCAUGCGUUGAGCUCAUGCGUAGCGUUGCGGGUGCUCCUGAAGGAGUUGGGCCAUAUCGCGCGGAAGAACAGCAGUGCACAAUCGGAUCCACGGGAGCUGAGUCAACAACAGCAGAGGACCCGUGACUUGGCGCAUCGCCUGCAGCAGUUGGAGAACGAGGCCAUCGCCUCUGUGGAAUACAAAGCUAAUUGUGAGGAGGCGACGGCUUCGGUCGCACCGGAGGAGGCGAUGAACUACGCCUCGGAGUGUCGGGAACACAACUUCCUGGUGCAGUCCGAAGUGAAGCCCGGGGGCGUUGAGCCGGGCGGGGCAGGUUUCAGGGACAGGCAUGCCCAGCUGGAGCAGAGCCAGAUGGAAGGCACUAAGAAGCGGAAUGAUGAGGAAGUCGCAGAGAUGCAGAAGCGCUUGGUGACCCUGCGGGGCCAAGCGACGAGCCGGCGGAAGGCCGAACCCGGCGGGGGAACCGGGAAGCAGCCGGUGAUCUCGGAAGUGGUGAUUUCGAACACCAAAUUUGAGACAUGGUGUGUGUGUUGGUCGGGAAAGCUCAAAGCUAUUGUGGUGGAGCUCAUGUUGCAGCGCAAGGCACGCGAGGAUCGAGCUGCGUGGGCUGCAGCUGAAGCAACCUCUGCUGCGGAGGACCGCCGUUUGGGAGGAGAGAGAGGUUUGUUUGGGUACUGUCGAGACGAGAGGCUCGAGCAGCAGUUGGAGCGUUGCACUGCCCAGCGGGAAGAGCAGCUGCAAGAGGAGGAUGUGCAAGAGCUGAGAGUGCGGCUCGUUCUCAAUUGCGUCGGUAGGCAGGAGCUUCAAAAGCAAGAACUCCUUGAGCAGCAGCAGAGGGAGGAGUGUGAAGAGGCCACGAGCUUGAAGCAGGAGGAGUUGUUCCAGCACCAAAGACGUGUGGAACAGCAGCGCCAGGUUUUAGAAGAUCUGAAGCAGCGGAGCCCUGCCAGCCCUGCAAGCCCUGCCAGCUCUCGGUUGGAUGCAGGUGAGAGCCUGGAGCCACCCGACGUGCCGGACGAGUUAGAUGAGGUCUUAGAGGCCCAGGCGGCACCCAGCUUGUCCCCAGAGCAGGCCGGUACAGCGGCUGCUGCAGCACAGAGGGCACAAGGGGCUUCACUCGAGGAGCAAUGCCAAGCCGCCGCAGAUGCCGCGCACAGCGCGGCAGAACGCCGUGGCGCAGCCCCGCCGGUUGCUGCCGCUGCUGCUGCAGCAGCUGCGGGGGCGGCAGCGGCCACAGCCAAGCGUGCGGAGAAGAAGGAUGCUGAAGAGCAGGUCCAGGCUGCUCGCACGGCCGCCGCAGCCGCGGCCCGUGCACAUGGCGGAGAUGAGGUGCUGCUCUCCGCCGCCGCUGCUGGGGCUGCUGCGGCGGCUGCAGCGCGGAGCGCCAAGAAGCCUUUGCAGUUGCAGGCGCAAGCGGCUGCCACAGCCGCUGCCGACGCCGCACAUGCCGCGUCGCCGGCGGACCGGGGGCGUGCGGCGGCAGAUGCUGCGGCCUCAGCUGCGCUGGUGGGGGCGAAGAUCGCGGGGAAGUCCAAGAAGGAGCAGGUUCAGCUGAGCGCUUCCUCAGCCCUGGCAGCCGCGGAAGCCGCAGGCAUGAAAUCGCGAUCUCCCGAGCUGGACCGGGCGGUGCGGGCGGCCGCAGAGAAGGCCGCGUCCAGCUGUGGAUGGCCAAACGACAAGGCUCAGCAGAUCGCCUCCGAGGUCUUGGGCACCGAUCGCCAGGAAGCCGGAGAAGCCAAGGGCAAGGUGGUGCUGAAGAAGCUCCGGCAGCAGCUGGCGGAGCAAGAACGAAAGCUCAGGCAGUGGGAGGCAGCGCAGCUGGAGCGGCGUCGGGCCAUGGGGCAGGAAACGCAGCUCAUCUCGGAUAGCAUCCGCGAGAUUGGGAUCCGCUGCCAGAUGUUGGUCGGGAAGCAUCGAGUCCUCUUGGACGACAGGAAGCGCUUGGAGGCUGAGGCUUGA